GUGGUGGUAGUAGUAGUGAGCUACGCUGCCUGACGCAGCUGCCUAAAAACCAUAGAACCGGCCUUAAACAGAAGUUAGGACCCUGUUGGGGUUCAUCCUGAAGUUAGGACAUGUUUAAGGAGGUUUACUCUAGUCAGGAUGUGUGUGUGAUGCUGUUUUCUGAUCUGGAGUUAAUGAUGAGUUUAUGAAGGUAGGAGCUGUUAUUCUGGAAUAGAUACUGAACUAAAUUCAGGCCGUACUGAAGUCGUCAUGGUGACUAAGCAGAUAAAAUUUCAGACUUAAGAAAAUCAUACACACAUACCAGGGCACACAAACAUCGUCAUUCAGAAGCCAUUUGAGUGUAAAAAUCACAGUUUGCAUAAAGAGAGAGUAACCGUCAGUCCAUGCUGAUCACAGGGGCGAGCAGAGGACUGGGCCUGCAGAUGGCCAAACAACUGGUCAGCAGUGCAGAGAGACCUAAAAAGAUCAUAGCAACUGUGAGGAACCUGGAUGGAGCUCGGGAGCUGCAAGCGACUCGCAAGCUCCCAUCCAGACUUUCACAUCGUGGCUUUAGGUCAGUGAUAAUAUUUCACUCUCCACAUUUACUGAGUAACGUGAGCUGCACUGAAAGAGCCCAUCACUGCAGCAAUGAUCUUUCGUCACGUGAAAUUAUCUUAAAUCUGAUCACAGAACCCUCUCAGCAGUCCAUCAGAAGGAGAACUCUUUUCUCCUUCAUCACCAGGACGUUCCACAAGCAUGGUGGGAUCCGGAUCGAUAGUGACCUCAACACAGUGACCAGAGACGCUAUGAUGAAGACCUUUGAGAGCAACACGGUCACUCCACUGUUCAUUACGAAGGCGUUCCUGCCGCUGUUGAAGACCGCCGCAGCGGCCGGCCAAGGCAGUGGAAUGGGGGUUCACCGCUCAGCUGUGGUCAACAUCUCCUCUCUCCUGGGCUCCAUCCAGCUCAACUGGGGCGAGGGAGCCAACUUUAAAACCUACGCUUACAGGGUCUCUAAGCUCUAA